AUGUUUGCUUCAAUGCACAGUGCAAGUCAAAUGACAUGGCAUCAUACAAACCAAACAAGUUCUGGCACUAUGCGACAUCCAUCUGAUGGUGAGGCAUGGAAGCACUUUGAUCGGACACAUCCAGAUUUUGCUGCAGAACCUAGAAAUGUCAGGCUUGGAUUAUGCUCUGAUGGAUUUGCCCCAUACGUGCAAGCGUCAGGAACAUAUGGCAUGUUGUCUGGUUGGGGUACGCAUGGAAAAAUGGGUUGUCCACAUUGCAUGGGAUACACCAAAGCAUUUACGUUGGAUAAAGGUGGGAAAAGCUCAUGGUUUGACUGUCACCGCAGAUUCCUACCAGCAAAUCACCCGUAUAGAAGAAACAAGACAAAUUUUAAAAAAGAUGUACGAGAGAAAGAUUUGCCUCCGCCUCGAUUGCCACCAGGGGUUAUAUGGAACCAAUUGCUACCAAUUGCAUUUGGAUCGCUACCCAAACAUGUUCUUGACCCACUAACUGAAAUUAGUCAAUUUUUUAGAGAUAUUUGUGCGUCAGCUUUAAAAGUGGAAGACAUCAUUAAGUUGGACCAAAACAUUGCACUCAUUCUUUGUAAGUUGGAACAAGUAUUUCCGCCUGGUUUCUUUGACUCCAUGGAACAUUUACCUGUGCAUCUUGCAUAUGAGGCUUAUCUUGGUGGACCUGUUCAAUAUAGGUGGAUGUAUCCGUUUGAAAGCACUGCAGAGCAUGUCCGACGGAUGACUAAGGAGAUGGGGAGACCACCAUUGAUGAUUGAGUUGAUUACGAGGACUCGGACAAAAAAAUCGGGAGGUUUUGUCGACGACCGCACCCAGAAAGCUUUUGAUGAUUAUCAGACAUUGCUAGCAAAUUUUCUAGAACACAAUCCGCAAUAUAGGCCAGCAGAGGGGGAGCCGCUUAAUGGGGAUGUUGAUUUCUAUAUUUGGAAUGAGCCGGAUGAUGACGGACUUGAUGACUUUGAUCUUGAUAAUUUUCCGGGUGAAGAUGCCCCGUGA